AUGUCGCCGCCGCCGCUGGACGACACGAUCGAGGUCGAGUUUGGCCCUCAGUUCCUCUCCACAGGAAUGGGGCUGCGUCUGCAUCCUGCCACGGAGACAGACAUCGGUGCCAUGCUCAUCUUUAGCUACUUUGCGAGCCCGGUCAAGGUACUCACCAUUCCCCCCUGCCGAUACCAAGUCGAAGCCAUCGGCGACCUCAACGUGCGCAGUUUACCGUACAACGAGAUCAAAUCGCGCAUGCAAGCACUUGUGACGUACCCCGUGAUCAUUACGUUUGUACGCCAUCCCAUGUGGUUUACUCUGCGCUUUCCGAGGCGUCCGCUGCAUAUCCAGAUCCAAGAGCGAAUACCCAUCGGACGCUUAGAAAUCGUUGACUACGUCCAGCCGUACACGACGACCGAUCUCAUCCCCAGUCGCUUCUGGGGCACGCCGUUCAUUCGAUCCGUGAAUGGCCUCGAUCUGGCGCAAUCCACCGACAACGCCGGAGUCCUCGCCGCCAUACAAUCGGCCGCACUUCCAAUCUCCUUUUCGCUGAAAUUCUGA